CUCACAGGUUUGGACCUGGUGCCUCCUAUUGAGUUAACCUUCUCAAAAUAUAUGAUAUUUUCCAGUCUAUCACUGACUAUUUAUUAUAGUCAAAAUGGGCUUUAAAUAACAAUUUUUUGAAGUUUAGACUACAGCGCCACCUAGCGAAGUAAUUUGGAAUAUACAUUUGUUUUUUUCGAGAUUGCUUUAUUUUCGAAUAUGAGUCAAAGUCCAAUAACAAAUGCUAUUUUUUAAAUAACAUAAAGACGGCGCCACCUAUGAAUAAUUUAUUGGCAUAAACUAUAUACUUGCGUGACCACUAUAUCGUCACCUAAAAUGCAAAACAAAAAAUUCUCAUAAAAAGAAAUCGAAAAUCGCUUUCAGCUAUAAUAACCUAUAAGUAACCAAUAUAUUAACUGAUAUAAAACCGAUAUACAACGAAUAUAUAACCAUAUUAUAACUAAAACUCCACUUUUGUCUCAAUUUGAGUGGUUUUUAUUACAUUGUUUUUCCUUCGCCUGUAAACUUUUGAAAAGUUAUGUUACGUUAUUUCGCAUUUUAACGACGACGACGAAUUUUACUUUAUGUAUUUUUGGUAAAAAGUGAAUCUGCCGAGUGUUUUCUCUUGGUUUCUUCUAUUCUUCUAAUGGGCUUUAAGAAAAAUUAUAUUUAGCGCACUAAGUUUAGCUAAAUUUGUAUAAUAUAUUGUUAAGAUUUGGAAUAGUAACAACACGUAUUUACUCUUUCACAAAGCGUUAAAUUGUCCUUACGUCACUCAAAGUUCAUCGUUUUUCUAACUUUCUCAAUUCGAUUAUCCAGUUCGUGUACUUUUAUCUUCUCGCUCUUGUUGCUAAACCUCUCUGCGUAAAGUCUUUGCAUCUUCAGUGUCCUAUCCACUUGUGUGCAUUUCAAAAUAUCGUUAUUAAAAAAGUUGAGCUUGCUCUCUCUACCCACCUUCACUGUUGCAGGCUUUCAUCACGAGCGCCAUUGUCAUGAUCGAAAUUAUCAGCGACCAUUCGUAUACGAGUCAAGCGAUGUUGGUCUGUGGCACUCUAACGGGUUAUUUGAUUAUCUGCUGCACUUUGUUCCUCGGCCAUCUACUCGGCGCUGUUAUUGAUAAGCGCAUCGACUGCCUCUUCAGUAUCGGCGCAAUCAUAAUGUUUAUCGCUUCCGGCGUCAUUGUGCUAGACCGUUGGACCAAUCAGUUACUACAGUCACAGGAUCUUAAUGCGUUAAAGGGUGCUGGCGCAUUUAUGUUAAUAACUGCAUUAAUAUUUUUUGCCGAUACUUUUGUUAUUGUACGCAGUUAAAUAGUAAUUAGUAGAUAGCUAGAUCUGUAUUAAGUUCUUAUAAUAAAUUUUGAUAAAGUCUACAAAUGUCUUUGUGGAAAAUGUGCCAAAGUUGUGCUAAGUGCUUAUAAAGUGUAAUAAUAUAAUAAUAAAUUAUAAUAUACAAAAUAAAAAUUAAAUUACAAGAAAAUAAAAUUUCCAUAAAUUAAAAAGGAAAAAGUCAUCAAGUCAUCAAGUCUUCGUUCGAUAAGCUUUGUAAAUAAAUAUUAAUCAAUGUUGUUGCCGAAUUGUGU